AUGGCCGAUAUCGAAAAGUUCGCCGGGUCAGCUGACGAGCUGCCCUCUGAUGCGCCAACACUAGACCCCUCUCCGACCAGCUCGAAGCACAUUGAAGACGAUGCACCAUCAGACGUCGUCAUCGUGGAUUGGGAGCGCGACGAUCCCGGACAUCCGUUCAACUGGCCCCGUGCGCGCAAGUACCGGAUGGUAGUCAUCGCGUGUUUGAUCACAGCCCUCACGGCCUUGAAUAGCACAGGUAUGGCGAUCAUGACGACUUGGGGUACGGAAUGGUUCAACACGAGUCGUGUGCACUUUAUUGCGGGUUUAACACUGUACAAUGUUGCGAGCAGCAUUGCGCCGCUUCUACUCGCGCCGCUCUCUGAACAUUUCGGCCGGAAUGGCAUCUACCAGGUGUCGUCCAUCAUCAACCUGCUCCUCUUCCUCCCACAGGUGUUUACCAAGAACCUCUCAGGCUUUCUCGCAACUCGGUGGAUCCAAGGCAUGGUGGCCUCAGUAGGCAUCUCGAUGGUUGGAGGAACCAUCGCGGACGUGUUUGAGGCCCGAGACCGCGGACAGGUCAUGAACCUCUUCGCAUUGAUCAUCUUUAUUGGACAGAGUCUUGGUGGGAUCACAAUGGGCUGGAUCGGCGAGCGCCUUGGCUACCAGUGGUGUUGGGGCAAUCAGGCAAUCUGGGCGGCGGCGUCUUGCGUCGUCAACGCCCUCUUCCUGCGCGAGACACGCGCAAACACGCUUCUCACUCGGCGCGCGCGGAGGUUGACAAAAGAAACGGGGAUCAAGCAUGUCGCCCGCUCCGACAUUGAGCGAAAACAACACUCCCUCCUACGCCAGUUACGGAUAACGGCCGUGCGCCCCCUCAAACUGCUCGUAACCGAGCCCAUUGUCAGCUCGUUAUCACUCUGGAUCGGGCUUGCUUGGGGGAGUCUCUUCCUCGGCGGUCCGUCGACCAUGCUAGUCUUUGCGCAGUAUGGCUUCUCGCCUGGUGAGAAAGGAAGCAUGGGCGCCUGCAUUGCGAUCGGCGGCAUCAUAGGCUACCUCACCGCCUUCCACCAGGAGCGACUAUACCGCCGCUCGGCCGCCAAGAGCUCAACCGGGCGCGCGCCACCCGAGGCGAGGCUGUAUUGGGCCGCUGUGGGGGGGUUGCUCUUCCCAGCAGGUAUGAUGGGGUUUGCGUGGACCGGCCGCCCGCAUAUCCCAUGGCCCGUGCCGGCCGCCAUGCUCUGCAUCUCGUACUGGGGCAUCUACUGCAUGUACCUGGGCGUGUUCAACUACAUUGCCGACGCGUACGAGACGUACUCGUCCAGUGCACAGGCGGCACAGGGCUUUGUGCGCAACAUGAACAGCGGCAUCUUUCCCCUCUUCACACUCCAGAUGUACGAGCGCCUAGGGUAUCCCCAGGCUUCGAGCCUCGUCGCUGCGCUGGGGUUUGCUUUCGCCGCCGCGCCAUUCCUGCUGAUUCGGUAUGGGCCACGGUUGCGCGCACGGUCUCCUGUUACGAGCCAGCUCGUGGGUAACUUGUAG